AGUCAACUCGUAGGUACCUGAAAAGCAAGACCCGUAAGACCAAGACAUCUACAUCCGCGGAGACAAGCUGCACCACAUCAGGUCUAAGCUCUUCGUCGCAGACCAACUCCAAGAAGAGUAAGCACCGUCGGACCGCGACAUCAGCUGCACGUUCAUCCAGCAAGGACAAAGAUCUUGAAGCAGUUACAAAGAUGAGCAAGAAGAAGCAGCGCAGCAGAGGUGGAGCUACCCCCAGGAGACACCGUAUUCAAGCCAGCCCAGAAUAUCCUGGUGUCGCCACUGACGCAACCAGGCGUCGAAAUCUAAAGAAACAACACCAGCAGGUUGAAAUGUCUUUCCGGACUGAAGACAUUUCCGAAGAAUCACUGUCAUCACCAGUCCAUGUGCUUAGCGAUGUCAACAGCAGCAGCGAUAUCUCCUUGGUUGAGCACGAAUCCUUGCUGGAGAUCAGGAGCACCAGUCUGCAAGGACGCAGGAGAGUCGAGAAGCGAUACCAUGUUGCAUCCAGAAAGAAGAUCAUGGAUGCGAACUCUUUGUCAACACUCCGAGAGGAUACCUUCAAUAUUGCUUCUUCCAGUUCAUCCAGCGAUGAUUGCGAACAAGUGCAAAGAAUUGACAAUCGCAGGAAGAAACCACACGGCAUAAAAUCCAAAGCACCACGAGGAUCCCACCAGCUGCCGGCCGACAACAAAGGUGGAAGUCUUUACCACAAAACCGAGGAGAUCCAGAAAACCAGCCCUGCACUGGCCAAACAAAAGAGCAAAAGUCGAGCUAUCACAGGGGGAGCUGGCAAGCGAGAGAAGAGACAAAACACCUUGAUAAUGGAAGCAGAAGCCAUUUCUCCGUCUGUCGGACACAUGCAUGAUGCCAAACCAUCUGAAGAUGAUGACAGGUUCAACAAUGGCAUAAUAACAGUGGAGAAAGACGCAUCUUCUAUCAAAACACGGAGACGAGAACGGAGACGGAAACAGGAGAAUGGUCCAGAACAAACACAGUGCCUAGAGGAGAAAACAGUAGAGGCCAGCUUCAUCUCCGAGAGAAAACACAGCAAGAAAAAGUUCCAGAGCCGUCGUUCCUCUUCAAGCUCUAGAAAAGAUGGAAAGGCUCUCAGCGUCACUGAAAAUAAGGUGCCAGUUGAAGCCUCGGACGAGAUCAAAAACACCAACUGCAUGGACGAAGCGAGACAGAUUGUGGAUAGAGAGGCCGGCUCAAUCCCCGAAAGAAAAGGCAAGACCAAAAAGGCGACGGAGAGAUGCCCACCAGUUCCAAACCCGGCUGAAAGUGCUCUUCCAGCUGAUGACUCAUUUGAGAAGAAAAGUACAAGAAGCCGAAACAAAAGCAGACCGGAAGAGGUGAAGGAGGCUCGCCCCAUUCCCGAAAGAAAACGCAGUAGGGCACAGAAUUCUGUCAUCACCUCCCAAAACUCAGGUGCAGAAGGAAAGGACUUGUGCGUGACUGAAAGUGAUACUCCAGUGGAUGUCACGAUGGAGAAGAACAAGUCAAAACACAGAGACGAAGAAAAACAAGCAGAGAAGAUAUACAGGAAGAGAGACAAGAGAUCACAGCUUCCAUCUCGACAGACAGAGAGCUCAGCUACAGCAUCUGACGAAACAGCUACUGUUCCCUCCGUAGAUCAAACUGAGAGAUGCGAGGCUUCUGGUGAAUCGUCAAAGGAGAGGAAGAACCAAAGGUACAGAGCCAAGAAGUCUAAAGAACUCACAAAGGACAAAACAAACGAGAUUACCCAACCUCUCGAGACGACUGAGGAAAGGUUUGCGGUUGAGGAGGAGCUGGAAACCAGAUGUGCCCGCAAGGAGAGGAAAAAGGUGUCAGAUCUCCGCAUCCAGCCCCAAAGUGAAGUCGACAAUGGUGAUGACCACUCCGGAGAAUGUGAAAUACUCAAGAAGGCUAACUCACCCCCGAGUUCAGCCAAGAUUCUUCCAGAAAAAUGUAAAGCUGCCAGGAGACAGCAUCGGGCCAGAAAGACAAGCCAGAAAUCAUCGGUGACGGGCCUACCGGGACCUACAUCUUCUGCUUCCUCAAGGAAGAGUCCGAGGAGCACAGUCGAUGAUCCCAAGACAGAUGCAACAUCUACAAUUGAACCAUCUGGGGAGGAAGAAUUUGUAGUGCACAAAUUGGAUACAAUCAAACCACAAGACAUGUACGCCGAGAUUGAAAGUUCCAGUCUCGAAUCAGUGAGCAUCAGAAAAGAAGGAAAGAUACAGAAACGGGACCCAUCUCCUUCAGAUACUGAUGCUGGUGUUUUGGUGGUGAGAGGGGCAUUCAAAUUUAGUCAGUCAUCAUCCAAAACCGACAAAGACGACAACCAAGACGGAUAUGACAGCCACCGAAGCACUCCCCGGAACAAAACCAAAGCUCGGGGACUUCUGGAAGUGGCCUCCGCGGUCUCCAAUAUUGAAACCGAAUUGAUUGAAAACAAAGAAGAUGCAACUAUCUGCACUUCGACAAAUCUACAAGAGAGACGCAAACGGAGAGCCAAGAAAAGUGACCAACCAAAGCUGGACUCAUUACAAAAGGGGCAAGCAGCAGUCUCCAAGGUAACAACGGAGACACCCCGCCCAGCGUGGUCUUUAAGCAAAGAUGAUACAAAGAGUUCUGAAGAAAUGAACCCUGAUGGCAAACAACUGAAGAAACAGAAGCGUAGGAAGUCUACCACCACUGCAAAAGAAAGUAACAAAGCCGAUGAUGAAGCAGACAUCCCGAGUUGCGUACCGAAGAGACAAGAUCAAAUCGAAGUACCAACCGAACAAUUUGGCAAAGAAGCCAAGGGCACGAAGAAGGAGGCAGAGAACAACUUUGCUCCAGAAAAGAGUGAGUCGAAGAAGGCAGAUACACCUAAUAAGUGCGAAGUUGAAGAGCACCUCAUAAUGAGGACUCAAGUUACACGACAGGAGUUCCGUCCAACUGACAGCACGGUCUUGUCUCGAAACACCUCAAGUAAGCCAACAUCUGCUGAGUUGAAGACAGAGGAGUUGACAAGCGAGGAUGAUCUUGAUGACUUCUGCACCAGCAUGUUCUCCAAUUCUCAGCGGGAUGUUCAAGGCAGUGGGAAAGAGCUUGAGAUGGAGAUCGGAGCCGGCCUACAGAAAAAGCCAGAUUUACUCGGAGAUGUAAUUGAAGACACUGAACAACCUCUGACACUUGGGGGAACUCCAGGCCACAAAAACACUGAGGUUCAGCCAAAGGAAGAAGAUUCUACAAGAAAAGAGAAAGAAAACGAAAAAGUGGAUGAUGACAAAGAGGCACCUCCCACUGAUGACGCUACCCUGGUCGAGAGCGACCAACCCAGUACCACAGCCAAACGAUCUUCCGUCUGGAAGAAGAUCACAAAGAAGCCAGCUCUGUUCAAAAAGAAGAAACACCAUGCAUCUUCAAGCAAUUCAGAUAAGACUGGUGUAAUGUCGAAAACUGAUAGUGAGCCAGACUCAACGAAUAUGUCAACCGCCUCUGAAAAUGAAACAGUGACUGACACAGUGGCUGAAAAGGACACAGAGGCAGACGAUGGACGGAGUGAUGAAAUCAAUUAUCCAGAUGAUGUCCAAAAAGCAAAGUGCAAGACGCCUCAUAAAAAGGAACAGACGAAGCAAUCCGCAUCGCCAAAGGAAACUGAGAAUGAAGCAGGCCAGAAUGACAUCAUCGGCAAGGAAUCUCCGUCUCCAAAUGCGACAAUGAAUGACAAGAAUGACACCUGUGAGCAGGCGGAGGAAUUGAAUGACAACAGCACCGAGCAGGAACCCUCAACAAAGCAGGCUAAGAAUUUUGAAGGAAAGAAAGAAAAGAAAGAAAAAAAGACCAAGAUCAAGAUGGAGGAAAAGGAAAGGAAGGAGAAAACGGAGGAAAUGACGGAAAAGAAAAAGGAGAAAAAGCUGGCAAAGGAAAAGAAAAAAGAGGAAAAGAAAAUGGAGAAAGAGGAAAAGAAAAUGGAGAAAGAGGAAAAGAAAAUGGAGAAAGAGGAAAAGAAAAAGGAGAAAGCGGAGAAGAAGAAAAAAGCAAAGGAGGAAAAGAAGGAAAUGAAAGAAAAGAAAAAGGAGAAAAAGGAGGGACAGAACAAGGAGGAGGAGGAAAAGAACAAGGAAAAAGAGGAAACGAACAAGGAAGAGGAAAAGAACAAGGAAAAAGAGGAGAAGAAACAGGAGAAAGAGGGAAAGAAAAAGGGAAAAGGGAAAAAUAAGGAAAAGACAAUGGAGGAAAAGGAGGAAAUGAAGGAAAAGAAAACACAGAAAAAGGAGGAAAAGAAAAAGAACAAAGAGGAAAAGAAAAAGAACAAAGAGAAAAAGAAAAAGAACAAAGAGGAAAAGAAGGAAAUGAAAAAGGAGAAAAAGGUGGAGAAAAAGGAAGAAAAGAAGGAAAAGAAUAAAGAAAAGAAGGAGGAAAAGCAGGCAAAGAAGGAUAAAAACAAAGUGAAGGAGGAAAAGAAGGAGAAGAAGGAGGAAAAGAAAGAAAAGAAGAAACAAAAGAAGGAAGAAAAAAAGGCAAAGAAACUCAUGAAAGGCGAUGAUGGCGAAAUCGCUGAUGAUGCCAAAUCAACACCUGAUGGCAAAACGAAGAAGAAAAGAAAAGGACUUGGCAAACUCCUCAAGGGCAAGAAAGUGAAACAGACCCAGAAAUCAUAUCCCACGCCACCGGCAUCCGAUGUUGAAAUACCAGCGGCACAGCCUGUGGUAGCACGGUGCAGAAUGGUCGCUCCAGUCCCAGCUACCGACAUCAAACAUGAUCUGCGUUUGCCUGCUGCACUUGUCAACAGUGAUUGCGACGCAGAACCAAUGGAGCAGGAGACCAGUGGAAAGACAACCUCCAUCCCAGCCAGUGCAACUAGUGAGCUGAAACAGAGCAGCCCUGAGAUGAAGGCAGCUGAUGUGACGGCUGGUUGGUGUGAAGCAGUGACGACCAACAAACACAGGACAACUGGUGUCCAGCGCACUCUUGAUGGCCAGACCGCCAUCAAGCAUGUGAGGUUUGCUGAUGCUACGGGAACCAAUGAUGUUCAAGAUGAGACGAAACAAAAUCAAGUGUCUCGUUUUCAGAGUGAGCUAACUGAAGAUUCGGAUGAGUGGUAUGACUCGGAUGGAGACACCAUAGCAACAGGAAGGAAAGAGACCAAAUCAACGAAAUCCAAUUGCUCGUCCUCAUCGCUUCGAAGUGAUAAGUCCGCAUCCCUCCUCGAGCCGAAAGACCACCCAGACAGCAAGAGAGAUACAGAGAGACCGAUCGUUCCCAAUAAGCAGUCACUGGAUAGUCACGAUGACAGUAGCAGCUGCGCUCGUUUAUCACGGCACCAGCAGAGAAAGCAGAUGUGGACGGAGAUCCUCCAAGAACUCUCCUCACCGGAUGAGAGCCCCUCUCAACCCGACAAGGCCCACGACAUUCUCAAGUACGACACCGAAUCCAAGAUGGUCAUCCCACCGGGGAACACCCCAGUUCCCUCCAAACCGUUUUGGUUGGAAACUUCCUUGGAAGACCAACCCCAGGUUGACCGGGAUGACGAUUCGAAGGAUGACGGUGUCCUUGAGAAGUCUGCGCUCACUAGCCUGCCUCAGAGUACAUCCAAAAUUGGCAGGGGCGCCACGAUCAAGAACACCCAGCCUUGUCAGAUUGAGAGUACAAUUAUUGAGAGCAUCAAGGAGAGGGCGAAGGAGGUAUCUGCUCCAUCUGCUGAACAUGACAUCAUGAAGCCAAGCCGUGAUGAGAUUGCGCCGACACCAGCCAAAGUAACUGCCGCUGAUACUGUCAUCGAAGACAUCGAAAACAGCGACUCAUGGGACGAUGAUGAUGAAGGAGAAAAUAUCAAGAAGAUCGAAGUGAAGGAAGAGGUUGUGAGCAAACCGCCGUCUGCAUCCAAACAACUGGAAACGGAUUACAACUCAUGGGACGAGGAGUCAGAUCAAGAAGAGGAAGAUAAAAAGCAGAAGAAAAGUGGAAAAACAUCGAAGGAGAUUGAUAUGAUGGAUGAGCUGCUCAGAGAACUUUCUCCAUCUGAUGAUGAAAAUGAAUUUGGAGGGCUGGAUGGCCGAAUGAGUAGAAGUGCCUUCCACAGAACCGAUUUUAUAAUGGACCAAGAUGAGGAGACAGACGAGCCUAAUGAGAAUACUUCUGAGUCAACCAGAAGUAAAACUUCACACAAGCAACAAUCACCCAAAAAGUACAAGUCUGAUGAGUUGGACACCGUUGACCGAGCGCUCAAGAGCCAAGUGUCAUCAAACAGCAAACAUGAUGCUUGUGUCGAUAGCAGCAUCUCCACGAAGAUAGAAGAAGUGUUGGAAGAAAUGGAGAAACAUGAAGAACAGGAUCUGACAGAGAUGGAUGCCAUUGAGGAGAUGUUGCGACAUUCUUCUUCGGAUGACUUAUUUGGGAUCGUGGACAAGAUGCCACAGUGCAAGACCAGCAAACCUACACUGGCGUCAAAGACAGCUACCUCACCUGCUAAGCAAGAGGAGACCAUCUCAGAAACCAAGCAGGAAGCAAAUGACAAGGCUUUGGAGGAUGGGACUCCGGCUAUAACCUCUACAGAUGAUAUUCUUGCAAAACCAGCAGAGCAGAUCACCAGAGCUCUACCCCUCACUUCAGAGCCAAAAACCACCGUUUCAGCGACUAAGGAAGAGACAAAGCCGAUGGAUUCGUCACAAAAAGUGUUGAACUCCAAGACCAACCGUGAAGAAGGUAGCGCAGAUUUGGAGGCCAGAACGAGAGAUGAGAGUUCUAUAUCUGAUAUUGUUGAAUCAGCAGACAAGCCAAGUCCACUGGAGGAAACGAGCUCUUUGACACCAUCACAUGUUCUGGAGUCAGACAAAAAUGGUGAAGUGACCAGGAAAAGAAGGAUAACUUUCAGCGAUGUUCCUCGUGGACCGACGACUCCAGGACAAAGACGAGGUCCGCUGAAGGGGGUCUUGAAAUGGAGACCUGGGGAAUUUCUUCACGAUCUGAAGGAAGCCAAAGCUGACCACAAGUGCGAUGUUGUAAAUAGAGAUGCGCUCUCAGAAUUGGCCGAUACUAAGUCUCGCCAAGUUAUUGUGAUCUCAAACGUCAAAGGGGAGGAGAGACUUGCAUCGUACGCAUCAAUUGAGGCUGAGGGACAGUCUUGGCUGACAGAGAUGUAUCCUGAAAGAACUGAUCUCUACUCCCCAAAGACAAAUGAGGAGACGCAGAACCGUGAGCAGAGUCCACCAGAAUCAGAAUCCGAAGAUUCUUCGACAACUACCAUCGACCUAGAUGCGGACAUGGAUGACAUUAAAUGGUCCGAGGCCUUCUGCUCAGAUGAAGAAGCUGACGUCUCACCUACAAAGAAGGCUGGGACAUCAAGAGACCAUAUUCGAAUUCAAUCCCUGGAGUCUUCCUCUGAGUCAUAUGAGGCUCCAAGUUCUUCAACACCUCGUGAUCUAGACGGGGGAGAAAGGAAGCUGUCUCGGGCUCUCCUGGAUGGCGAAACGGACGUCUUUCCUCCAAAGAAUGCUGGGACAGCAAGAGAUGAUAUCCGCAGUCCAUCUCUGGAAUCUUCUUCCGAGUCCGACGAGGCUCCAAGUCCCCCCGUUCAUCUCGAUACAACCGCAGAAGAAAUGAAGCCGGCUACGAAUCUUUUGGACGCAAGAACUCAGGACAGUCUCAGGGACUCCUUGAUUCGGGCCGGGAAGCCGGACAGCGCCUCAGCAUUCCAAGAGGCUGAGAUUCCACGCUACCUGAGAGACGAUUUCAGCCCGGCUCCUGAGCAGAAGCCGUUCAAGAGAUGGGAUCCCAUGACCGCUAAGAAAAAGUUGGAGAAGAUUACCAAGUCCAAAAAGAAAUUACCUGAAUCACCCACUCCGCGGUGGCUGAAUACAGAUUUCAGUCCGGACGGGAGUGCACCGAAGCGAGAGGUCUGGAAAGCCCCGAAGGAUAAACCCGUGCUCUGUUCCACUCCAGAAGCGGCUGCUGAUAAUUCUGAGUUUGAUUACGCUUCAAUGACUCCAAAUGAGAGAUACAACGGGAGACAGCAGAUCGCGAACGAGUCUCAGAAGAUCAUAGACUCGAUGAGAAAUCAGGACAAGUUCCAACAGUCCUCCAAGACGGCGACAACUCCUCCACCUUCAACUCCGUCACAGGAUGACAAAGAUCUCCCACGCUUCCUGCGGGCUGACUUCAAUCCCGCCCCGGACACGAAGCCCUUCAAGAAGUGGAAUCCAGUCCAGGCCAAGAAGACAUUCACCAAAAUUGGCAACAAGGCCAAGCUACGGGAUGCUGCAAAGAAGACAGCGAGUCCAGUGUCCGGAACUCAAUCGUCUGGUGCGUCUGCUGACACUCCUCGCUGGAUGCAGCCGGACUUUGACCCGUCGAAGGCUGCACCUCCAACAGCUAGGCCUCCACCAAAAGAGUCCUACCAAGUACCGCCACCACAGAUGAAUACCUUGCCCCAGUAUGAGUUUGAACCACAGGUACUUUUUAAGCUCCAUGUAACGAAAUUAAUCUUAGCAAAAAAUACCUUACUAAGACAUCAGUAG